UUGUGUGUUGUUCUAAAUUGUUGAGACAAAUGACAUAUAUUAAUUAUUAAAAUUAAUCAUUGAGUUAAUUAAUUCUGGUUGAAUUUAAAUUAAUUAAUUGUCUUCUUGAUCUAGCUAAAUAUACAUUAUACACUGAGACAAAUUUAAAGAAUAAAAUGGAGAUGGAAAUUAUGGACGUUAAACACAUCAAAUAUUUUUGUCUUUACGAGACACAUGUUGUUCGUUUUCGUGGAUUUAUUAAUUGCAUUAAGCUAUUUAAUAACAUUAAUAAUGAAGAAUCACCAGUUUGGCAAGAAUUUAUAAAUUUAAUAAAAAAUUUUGUUACUGAAAAUCAUGAAGCAACCAAGAAAAAAGGCCUAGAAGCUGCUUUGCUCUUUGUAGAAAAAGCAUCAUGUGCUAAAGAAAUUGUCAAUGAAGUUGUUCCAGAAGUAAUCAAGUGUUUUACAAUACCAAAUGAUGAAAUUAAAAAUUUAUCAAUUGAACUUUUAUUGUCGUUUAUAAAAAUUGGACAAUAUGAAAUUGUUGAAAAUGAACUUUUAAUUGGAUCAGAGUCAGAUGAUCUUCAAAUUGUUGCUUGUUGUAUCAGUACACUUACAAUAGCUCUUCAACAAUUUGAUACAAUAAUAAUAAACUCAAGUGUCGUGAUAGAAAAAUUGCCAGAGUUUUUAGAAAAUCAAGAUGAAUCAAUUCGUUGGAAAGCUAUUGAGUUGACAGUUGAAUUGUAUCGUUUGUUUGGUUCUGCAGUAAUAGACUGUCUGAAUAUGAUGGAUAAUCAUAUGAUGGUUGAAUUGGUUGAUGAAUUAUUAAAAUUGGAUAAUACGGAUUAUGUUCGUUCAUCUCAAAAUACAAAAUCGAAAAAUUCGAUAGUACAACAUGAUAAUAAUAACAAUAAUAAUGGUGAUGAUCAAGACUUAAUGUAUGAAGUUGAUGAAGAAGUUGUUGAUAAAAAUAUUCAAAAUAAUUAUGAGAAUCAUCAGGACAUUUUAAACGAUGAUAAUCAAGAUAAUACAAGUGAAAAUAAUCAAGAUGAUACAAGUGAACAUAAUCAAGAUGAUACAAGUGAAAAUAAACAAGAUAAUACAAGUGAAAAUAAACAAGAUAACACAAGUGAAAAUAAUCAAGAUAAUAAAGAUUCUCAAGUUGACAGUGUUGUCAAGAUUCAUAAUAAUAUUUCUGAUGAAAAUAGUCCAGGUACUUCUGUUGAAAAUUAUAAAGUAUCACCUUCUGAUAAAAGCUAUCAAGAACACACUAAACCUGUUGAAAUUGUUGAUGUAAUUGAUCCAUAUGAUUUGAUUGAUCCAGUCAAUAUUCUAUCGAAGCUACCACCUGAUUUUCAUAUAAAACUGUUAACAUAUUCAUUUCCUAUUCAAAAAACUGCCUUGUUAUAUCUUAAAGAUUUAACAGAAAAACAUAAAAAAUUAGAAAGUGGAGUCUAUUUUUAUAUUAUUGGAUCUUUAAAUAAUAUAAUAUCCAAUGAAGGUUAUAACUACGAACUUAUAAUUCUUGCUGCAAAAUGCGUGAUUGGAUUGGCAAAUGGUUUGAGACAAAGAUUUCAAAUUCACUCUGCUAAUUGCCUUUCGGUUGUUUUUAAUAAAUUCAGAAUGCAAGAACCAUGUAUUGUUGCUAUUUUACGUGAAACAGCUGAUGCUAUUUAUCAAUCAAUGAAUAUUGAUAGUAUUUUGGAAAUUGUCGUUAUGGCAUUGAACAAUAAUUGGAAUGCAUCAAUAAAAAGUGAAAUAGCUGGAUUUAUUUCAAGAUGUUUAACAACAACUCCAGCAACAAGUUUGAAUAAUAAUUUAUUGAGAAUUUAUACUCAAUCAUUAAUAGGUUUAUUGGACGAUCGUAGAGUUUAUGUUAGAAAUAGUGGCAUUGAAACUUUAGGAAAAUUCAUGAGUAUUGUUGGUGAUAAAAAAAUCAUGCCAUUUUUAAGUAACUUACAUCAAAAAACAAUUGAUAAUAUCAUAUACUUAUCUCAAAGAAACUAAUGAGCUAUCAAAAAUCAAGAAAACUAAUCUAUUUUUUAUUAAUAUUUUUUAUCAUUUGUUUAUUAUUUUUCUUUUACAUAUGUUAAAUUAUUAACACAAAUAAUUUUAUCAUUUGAAUCAGUUAAACAGAUGUUAUCUGUUGUAAAAAAAACUGAGUAAUUUUUUGUUGGAUAAUUAAUUGGAAUAAAAAUUUCCAAAUUGCGUUUCAUUAUUGUUUAAAAGUAUAAUAUUUGGCACAUUUUUAUUCAUGCAUUGAUCAAAAUAUUCAAGUGUGCUAUUUAAUGAUUUAUCAAGAUUAUUAUUAAUUUCAUAAACUGUUGCAUUGUAAUCAUUAUAAAUUAUAUUCAUAAUUUCUUCACACUUGAUUGCCUCGAAAUCAUCGUUAUAUUUUGGGCCUCGCCAGUUUAUCUACAAAUUAAAAAUUAAACAAUUAAAUAUUUAAAUUAGAAAAUUGACAUAAAAAAAAAUACUAACUGAGUCUAAAAAUUCAGUAAUUUUUAUUUUAUAUUUAACACCACAUUUUUCUGCUUCGUCUUUUGAUAAAUUUAAACAGAAAUUUGUAUGUCCUUCGUUUUUUCUGCAAGAUGCUUUUUUUUUUAAUUCCAUGAUACAAUUGUUAUUAACUCUAUUGUUUAUUUCAUUCAUCAAACAAUCUUUAUCAAAAUCAGUGUCAUCAAUCUAUUGUUAAACAAUAAUAUUAAAUGUUUUUAUAAAUAAAAUAAUUUAUAGUUUAGAAAGUAAUUGUUUUAUACUUACAAAACGAGAUUCAACUUGAUUUUUUUCUUUUAUAAAAAUUAAAGUUAUCAAAAAUAAUAAUAAAAUAAUUUUAUUCAUUGCUGGAUUGAACUUUUAACGAUGAUGACUUUCACACAAAUGAAUAAAAAGUGAUCAACAUUAUCUAGAAUAUAUAAAUAAAAUAGUGUAUUUAUAAAAAUUAAUCAUAGCUAUCAUUAGUUGGAAAAAUAAAAUAUUUUUAUAACUUGAAUAAAAAAAAAAAAUAGCCUUGAACGAUAUAAGGAAAUAAAUAAUUUUUUUAUAAACCAAAUAAUUAAUUGUUUAUUAUUAAAUAUACAAUAAUAAUAAAAUAAAAUAAUUUUUUUAUAAAUUAAAAACAACAUGUGGAUAUUUAUAAAUUUCAUUUUUAAUAUUUUUUUUAUGUUUAUAAUUUUAUAAUAAACAAUUUUCUUUUGAAA